CUGGCGAGAACCCGCCCAUUCACGCAGAUGAGGGCUUUCUGUUGGAUCCUGAAGCGGGCUCUGGGGCGUAGCGUUUCUGGUCUGAGAGGUGCUGAGUGCGUCAUCGGUUCCAGGGCUGCUACAGCUGCUUUCAUGAACAGGAAAGUCAUUAAGCCUGACUUUAUAGCAUUGAGUGGGAAGAACAGCAGCCCAGCUGAUACGUUCUAGUAUGCAAUAGACUGCAGCCUGUGGAGUAUUCUUGGCAAAAGACUCUAGAGCUAAGGGGCAGUGGGAUAAACAGGUUUAUAUGGACUAUCAUCAACAUGCCAAUCCAGUGAAACUGGAAGCUGGUCAGUUUUCAAGGUCUGUGGGAGGAUAUCCUCCACUGUUCCUUAGCUGGAUCUUGAGCGAUAGAGAGCCAAGCUUUACUAAAGGACAUACCUUUCACCUUUACUCACGGCUCAAUGGAGUUUAUGACGGCCCUGGCAGACCUCCAAACAGGGGCUAGCUGUCCCAUCUGUCUAGACUACUUGAAAGAGCCAGUGACCAUCAACUGUGGGCACAACUUCUGUCUCUCCUGCAUCAGUAUGUUCUGGAAGGAUCUAAAUGGUACUUUCCCCUGCCCCUUUUGCCGUUACUGCUCUCCAGAAAGGAAAUUCACAAGCAAUCCCCAAUUGGGCAAUUUGAUUGAAAUUGCUAAGCUACUACGGGUAAGAAGAAGCAAGAGGAAGAGGAAGGAAGAGAAGCUUAUAUGUGAAAAACAUAAUCAGGUUUUGACAUUUUUCUGUCAGAAGGACCUAGAAGUUUUAUGUCCACAGUGUAGUUUCUCCACUGAUCACCGGAGUCACUAUAUUUGGCCCAUAGAGAAGGCUGCUCCUUAUCAUAGGAAAAGAUUGCAGAAUUGCAUUGAACCAUGGAAGGAGAGAGUAGAACAAGUAGAAAAGGUGAUAACUAUGCAAAGCAGAAAAUCAUUGGAACUGAAGAAGAAGGUACAGUGUAGGAGAGAAGAAAUAAAGUCUGAAUUUGAACAAAUUUUGUUGUUUCUCAAAAAUGAGCAAGAGAUUGUUCUUCGGCAAUUACAAGAUGAUGAAAUGGAUAUUUUAACAAAACUAAAUGAAAACCUAGCAACAUUUUCAAGUCAUCUUUCCACAUUAAAACAUCUAUCAAAGGAGAUAGAGGGUAAAUCUACUAAAUCAGAGCUGGAAUUACUGACAGAUGUUAAAAGCAUCUACCAUAGGUAUAAAACCUUAAAGGCCCCUGAGCCUUUUUCAUUCCAGUUAAAGGAAUAUGGUUACCAUCUUGCUCCACAAUAUUCUGGCCUAAAUAAAAUUAUCAACAGAUUUCAGGUGGAUCUAAUUCUCGAUCCUGAAACAGCACAUCGUAAGCUUAUUGUCUCUGAAGAUAGAAAAACUGUCCAGUAUGGAAAUAAAAGGCAUAACUUACCUCAUAACCCAAGGAGGUUCUAUCUCUCUCCAGCUGUUCUGGGUACUAGGGGUUAUAAUUCUGGCAGGCAGUAUUGGGAGGUGAAAGUGAAAGAUAAACCUGAAUGGAUCGUGGGUGUCUGUAAAGACUCUCUUCCCAGAAGGAGAAAGAAUCAGAAGCAACCAAUUUUAGCACAGGAUGGAUUAUGGGGUGUUGGACGAUGUAGUCAGAGUAAUUAUAUUGCAUUGGGUCCUAAAAAAAUUAAUCUUCUGCCAAAAGUAAUACCUAGAAAAAUUGGCAUUUUUUUAGACUGUGAAUUGUGUGAGAUUUCUUUUUAUAAUUUGAGUGAUAGAUCCCUUCUCUAUAUUUUUAACUAUUAUUUUACAGAAACACUUUGGCCUUAUUUCUAUACUGGAACUGACUCAAAACCUCUUAAAAUCUGUACAGUGACAGAUUCUGAAUGAUGAAUUAUUGUAAAACUCUUAUUUUUGUUGUUUGUUUGUUUCAGGUGGUAGAUAAAACUAAGCCAAUGAAUGUAGUCUCAACAGUUCUGUUGUGGUUUUUGUUGUUGACUUUUUGCUUUAGUUUUGUUUUACUUUUA